CUCCAUGUCCUUGGCCUCCGGCUGCCUCUUUGGGGGUGGGGCCCGCACCCUGGAGUUGGGCAUCCCUGGUGGGGGGACCUCUGUCCUUACCCCGGUCCCCUUCUCUGCAGCGACCUCCUUGGAGCAGAGCCUCCGGUCCCUGGGGACACCGAGGGACACCCAGGAGCUGCGGGACAGCCUGCACCUGGCGCAGCAGGAGACCAACCGCACCAUCGCCACCAGCACCAGUGUGGUGAAGCGGCUGGCGGAGCUGCUGCGGGGCUGCUCCCGGCAGGAGCGGCUUCAGCUGGAUCGCCUGAAAGCUCAGCUCUCGGACGCCAUUCAGCGCUACGGAGCGGUGCAGACGACAAUUGCGGAGAAGUCCCGAGCUCUGCUUCCCACGGCGCAGACGGGCCGGCAGCAGGUGGGUGCCGGGGACUCGCUGUGGCCGCACCAGGCGGGCUUGUCGGCUGCGGCUCUCGCUCAGCACUCGGAUGCCAGGCCUGGGCCUCCACCUGCAGCCCGGACAGCCCAUGGCACCGUCUUGUCUCCACAGAGCGACCUGCUGGAUGUGACCCAGAUCCUCAAGGACUUGGCGGCCGUGGUGUCGGAGCAAGGAGAGGCCGUCGAUAGUAUUGAAGCCAGCCUGGAGGCGGCAUCCUCGCACACUGAGGCCGCCAGCCAGCUCCUGGCUGAAGCCAGCCGGCACCACCUCCAGAGACACAAGAUGAAGUGCUACUUCCUGUCGGCUGGAGUCACUGCCAUGCUGGUGGUCAUCCUCGUCAUCGCCACCUCUGUCCCCAAGUGAUGCCACCUGUGGAAAUAAACGAGGACCCCGCUCUCUGGAGCCCCGUGGUGGGGAGCCACGUGCACACCGAGGAGCCACAGUGGCCGUGGGAGGCUCGCAGGAACACAGGUGGCACCGGGCAGGCAGCCAGGUGCUCGGCCA